CGUGGGCAGGCCCUUUCCGCGGGCUUCACCGUAGUAAAAAUGGCUAUGGCUAGUGAUUUCUACCUGCGCUACUAUGUAGGGCACAAGGGCAAGUUUGGACACGAGUUUCUGGAAUUCGAGUUUCGGCCGGACGGUGAGCAGAGGCCGGGCCGCCGGCUCCGCAACCUCGCGCGGUGCUGGCAAAGGGAAAAGUUCAGGAGAGGCCGCGGGCGAGGCGAGGCGGGGUGGCCGGAGCGAGCCGCGGUGGGCCUGAACGGGGUACGGUGGCAGCUACGGCCCCUGCUUCAACCGAAGGAAAGAGGAGGAAAGCUUAGAUAUGCCAACAACAGCAAUUACAAAAAUGAUGUCAUGAUCAGAAAAGAGGCUUAUGUACACAAGAGUGUAAUGGAAGAACUGAAGAGAAUUAUAGAUGACAGUGAAAUUACAAAAGAAGAUGAUGCUUUGUGGCCUCCCCCUGAUAGGGUUGGCCGACAGGAGCUUGAAAUUGUAAUUGGAGAUGAACACAUUUCUUUCACCACAUCAAAAAUAGGUUCUCUUAUUGAUGUAAAUCAGUCAAAGGAUCCAGAAGGCCUUCGAGUAUUUUACUAUUUGGUACAGGACCUGAAAUGUUUAGUUUUCAGUCUCAUUGGAUUACAUUUUAAGAUUAAACCAAUUUAAAUUGCAUGUUUUU